AGAAUCCAAACUUUCCCCGAAGACGAUCGUCGUCGGCAGAGUUACCGUGCGUCCUUUGGAUUCUAAUUCGGUUAGUAGUGUUAGAUAAAAUAUAAGCGAAAUGAUUUCGAGUUCGUUAGCAGUGGAUGUAAUAUGAGCGGCCUGACACGCUCAGAGGGACAAUUUAUGCUAUUUGGAGGCGAUGGCCUGCAGAAAGGAUUUUGCUUUGGGUCGAAGACGAAUCUUUAUUUCUUUCCCUAUGAGGUGUCUCGUAGAUCAAGUCAUUCUAAUAGGGGUUCUGGAAGGUUUCACAAAGGGGAUUUCACAAUUUAUAUCAGUGUGUACGCUCAAGCUAAAGUGCAAUUCGCAAUAUGCUACUGAAUAGCGCAGUUUGAAAGGCACUAUAUAAAACAUUGAACACAUUAUGAUUUGAAAAGCACACGGUCGUUCAGCUCUUGUACGCCGCUUAUUAUAUAUGUUUUGAUGAGUGUAAGUCUAUCUUCUAGCUGGAGAACAUGAUCAUAGCAUCUUUAAUUCAACUGGGGAAGGAUGUCACGACACCGUGAGUUUCAAAAGUAGCUACACGAGGCCUCUUCCGCUCCUACAAUCGGCUACAGUCUUUUACCGUUCGGCUUCAUUUGAUUAAUCUAAACUUGUGCUCUGCGUGUGCUGUUAUCAGAGUUCAGUUUUACAAAGUGUUAUUGCGGGUGCAGCAUGGAAUUUCAUUUCUUCGAGCUAAUUUCGCCAUGCGAAGAUCCUUUCAUGGUUUAGAAUCUCAGGUGGCUUCGACAUUUUGUGGAGUUUGAAAACUAAUUCAAUACACUACAAAGUAUUCAGCGUAUGCGCUUGCUAUUAAAUUAUCCUAGUUAUGAAUUGAGACACGCUUUGUCAUCUCUUGUGGUGACAACAUAUUUACUGUUCGGUUGCAGAAAUUGGCCUAAGUUAAAUAGUCAAUUAGAGCAAUGGAGUCGUAAAACUCAACAUGAUGUUUCAUAAGCGAUUUUUCAAGUCGUUUAGCAAAUGACUAUUGUGAAAAGUCUUGCCUCUCUAACGAGUCGGCAAACUUCAAUGCCUUUAAAAAGCCAACAGAGCUGGUAGUUCAAGCGAAUCCGCGUAUGCCAAAAAUUGCUGCCAUUCCUCAUAAAAAUCUGUCAAUUUGGAAACGGUCAGCACGCCCUACUUCCACUGCUUCCGCAAAUACAAAAUUAAUGAUUAUCUAUUUUAUAAUCUUAUAAGUUUUCCUUCCCGUUCUCAAGAUGAUUUCAAUCUUGAAAAUGUGAAGUUACCCCACUGCUUAUUCAAAUUUGUUUAUUCAUGCGUGAGUAAACGAUGAAUUGUGAUAGAAUUCAGAGGUAUGCAGGCCUGCUGAAAAACGUACAGGCCUCCCAAGUUUACGUGAACGAAGUGAACUUGAGAGGCCUUUAAAACUGAGUCGCUGCUCACAGCAAAACUAUAGUAAUACAACAAAGCCUCGCUAACUCGACCGCGGUUAUCACGAAUCCCCCACUAACUCAAAUAGGAUCCGAUUUUCUCAGGCAUUUACCCUAUUUUCCAGUCAUUUAUUAUCAGUUAGCUCGAACUCGGUUUAAACGAAUCCCACAUUAAUUGAACAAAUUUUACUAUUCCUAACCUCAUGUUUGCCCUGAUAACUCGAACUUUAACUAAAAACGUCAGUUGAUAAACGUCUAAGUAUCAGAACAUAGCUGAUUGACGCGUUCCAAUCUUUAUUCACGAUUGAUACGAACGCGAUAAUAUUAAUGAAAACGUAAUUUAGCUUAACUACCCAAACUAAACAUUUGGCAUCUAAAGCUCUUUUAAAACAAACUAAAUUAACUGAUAUUACUCUCCUUUGUACGAGAAUGGUAAAAACAUGAUUCCCUUUCAAUCAUUGAAAGGAUAACUGAUAUUCAACACAAUUAACCCUAGUCCUAACCCCCACCCCCCCCCCCCCAACUCGAACCAUUUUUCGUCUCCUUUGAGAGUUGGAGUUAGCGGGCUUCAACUAUAUUCUUUUACCCAGUGCAAAUGUGUGUACAGAUACUUAAUCUUAAAAUGGCCUAAUUACAUUUCCCAGGUUCUAGGUUUGAACGAUGCUAGCUAUUACUUCUGUGCUUUUACUUGUGGUUAAAUUGGGAUGGGCUGCCCAGUGUAACAAGUUGUCUGGACCCGCUGGGGGUGUUGAUUGCAUUCAAAUGCACAGCUACAAUGACGAAUACCAGUGGAUGACGUGCUUGACGGAUGCAUACAUCCAGCAAAAGGGCAACCAAAAAGACCAAUGUGAAGACCGAACUGCAACUUACUGCUGGUAUCCGUGUAUGCUGGAAGUGCAUGGCAAGAGAAAUGGACCAGUGGCGAGUGAUUGUUCCUGUACUUCCGGCAAUCCAAGCACUCUCACACCUACCACAUUACUGCCUUCUAAGUGCUAUAUUCCACCAGGGGAUUCCUGUUAUUGGUAUCGCAACUGCUUGGAGAGAAAGUAUCCCUGUGAAUUCACAAGUAAUGGAUAUGCAAUCAAAUACGCUGAACAUUUUUGCAAGCUUGAUGACAAAAACUUUGCAAAAUUCAGUUUAAUCGCGCGAAACUGGGUUAUUGGAGUUCAUAAAUGCCUCCAAGUCUCACUGAUGCCACUACUGCGGCCAUGGAUCCAUUCAACCUGUGGGGAGAUACAAGAAAGGGCGUUUGCCUCUCAAACACCAUGUUACCUGAAUCCAGGAAAUGGUGUACUGUCUGCCUGUGAUCUUGACUGUUCCAAUUACCUCCAGAUCUUUUGGUCCAUCAAGGGCUCCUUUGUCAAAGUCGACACAGUCUUGGAAUCUCUCAAGGGAAUGUGGAAUAUAGGAGAGAAGUGUACAUGGUAUUCUAACAUCAGGAAAUGCUACAGAUCUAUAGAGCUGGAAGAUAGCCCAGUCAAAGUGAUCAAGCUGACGAUUGAAAAGUUUUUUCUGCGAUCAAGGCGCUCAACUGACAAUUUUCCUGAAUCUAAUGCUCAAAGUCGAUUCGCGGACGGAGUUGGCUCAGCCAUCGCGAGUGCCUUGAAGUGGAACUCAGAUGUAAUGGACUGGCUUGCCUAUACUGGGAGAGUUCAAGAUCCAGAAAACCUGGAAAUUAUCGUCUUAUUAGCUGAUAAGAAAGCCCUGGGUAUCGCCUUUACAUCCGCUCCAUCUGUCAACUUCAAGCAAACCAUCGAAGAGUUUACCUCUGCUGUAAAACAGGGAGUGCUACCUUUGAAAGUGGAUGGACACAAUGUCUGGGUGAAGAGCUUGGCCUCGUGUUCUAAUAAAGCCUGCACCAGCACCCAGACACUGGCAGUGUCUGACAAGCCUCCAAACUGGAAUGGUACUGCUGAGAUCUCAGGUGGUAAAGUUGUCAUCUGUGGAACCAUAACUAUGUUGGUCAUGAUGAUGACCAACGCAGUCAUGAUGAUGGAAAGAGUACUUUACUAAAAAGACACUCGCAUCUGUCAAAGUUUUGUUUGAUUAUAGGAUGAAAUCAGUGUCUCUUUUAGUAUAGUGUCUGUCUCCAUUGGAAGGACAUUGUUUCCCUGAUAGAAUGUGAGUAAAAACAGACUCACCUACAACCAGAUUAGUUCAUGAAUGUUAGUCAUCAUA